AGAGCGCCGCGAGGUCACAGACAUGGCAGCCUCCAUUCAACAACAUGAGUUGUGUGCUGUCUGUAGGGAAGCCGUCCAGCUCGUAAUGAACGUUAUUUUAUAGAGGUGAAGAUAAGGAGAGGAACCGGGAGAAAUCGAGAAUACCUGAGAGCUACUGCUGGCUGGACGAAUUCAAACAAGAGCAGUCCCAGAGAUGGCUCUGUUUGUCCCGAGACUACGUCCGUGUGUCCGGCUAGACCUUCCCCUGGGGCGCUGGGGCUCCACUGCUCCAGAGAGGGGAGUAGGGCGGCCGGUGUACCAGUACGUGGGGGAGCGUGCGCAGAGGAAGGAACGUGUCUUUGUCUGGGGGUUCAGCUACACAGGAGCCCUGGGCAUCCCCAGCUUUGUGGUGCCUGACAGUGGCAGAAAGAAACCCAAGAAAUACCAGCUCACCCCUUACAGACUGGAAAUGCACCAGAAGAUCUCCUGGGCUGCCUGUGGUUAUGGGUUCACCUUGCUGUCCUCCAGGACAUGUGACCUGACCAAGGUGUGGGGGAUGGGACUGAACAAGGACUCCCAGCUGGGCUUCCAGCGCAGCCGCAGAGAACGCACAAAGGGCUAUGAGUAUGUGCUGGAGCCUUCCCCAGUCCCCCUGCCUCUGGACAGACCUCAGGAGACCAGUGUGCUGCAGGUGGCGUGCGGUCGGGCCCACUCCCUCAUUCUUACUGACAACGAGGGAGUAUUCAGUCUGGGAAACAACUCGUAUGGACAGUGCGGAAGGAAAGUGAUAGAAGACGAGGUGUACAGCGGCAGUCACAUGAUACACCGGAUUGAAGGAUUCGACAGCAAAGUGGUUCAGGUAGCAUGUGGACAGGAUCACAGCUUGUUCCUGACAGACACUGGCAAUGUGUACUCCUGUGGUUGGGGGGCUGAUGGGCAGACAGGUCUGGGGCACCACAGGGUGAGCAGCCAGCCUACCAUGCUCAGAGGGGAUCUGGUGGGGGUCCGGGUCAGGCAGGUGGUCUCGUAUGGGGACUGCAGUCUGGCCGUCUCCCAGGAGGGGGAGCUCUUCGGCUGGGGCAACUCCGAGUACCUCCAGCUCUCUGCUGUCACUGAUUCCACACAGCUGAGCUCUCCACGGCUCCUCCCCUUGGCGGGUGUGGGGAGGGUGCAGCAGGCUGCCUGCGGAGGGACUCAGGUUGCAGUGUUGAACGAGAGUGGGCAGGUGUUUGUGUGGGGCUAUGGAAUUCUGGGGAAGGGGCCCAACCUAUCAGAGUCCAGGACCCCUGAGAUGAUCCCACCCACUUUGCUGGGCUGCUCAGAGUUUAACCCCGACAUUGCCGUGGCGCAGAUCCGCUGUGGGCUAAACCACUUUGCAGCCAUAACAGAUGGGGGUGAACUCUUUGUGUGGGGGAAGAAUAUCCGAGGAUGUCUAGGCAUUGGCAAGACUGAUGAUCAGUAUUUCCCAUGGCGGGUGACAGUGCCAGGGGAGGUGGUGGAUGUGGCCUGUGGAGUGGAUCACAUGGUAGCUCUGGUCAAAUCCCUGGUCUGAGUGCCCAGUACAUGCUUGCGACUGACCCUGCUCCAGCAUGCAGUGAAAGGGGAGACGAGCUUCAGCUUCCCUCAGCUCUAGCCCUGUUACUGAUUGCUGAUCUGACAGACAGCCAGGAAUUCAAUCCCAGAACAUGUUUCAUCAUCCAUACCUAUUAAACAGUGCGGAAUUGAGAUCAACUGCAAGAAACUGCAUGAAUUCACAGUGACAAGCGUUAAGAUGUUAAGUCUUCAAUGUUGAAAUGCUUGGCAUUGAAUUUAAGUUUCUUUUGGUAGUGCCAAAAUGAUUUCCAAAUACAGCAAAACCUUGAUAAAUUCUGAUUUUACAAACACUUCUGCUUUCCAAAAGAGUUUUACAAGCUUGUUUAUCAAACCUUUAAUGGCCAAGAUAUAGCCUUCAAUACCUUUGAAAUCAGUUCCUAAAGAAGUAGGCCAGCAUGAACUACAUUCACAGGCGGUGAAAUAGCUUCUUGUAUGAAAUGCUCAGUUAAACAUUUAGCCAAGUUUUGGGUAAAUGGAUCUCAAGGUACACCCUGAAGAAGUGGCGAGAAAUGUCUGAGCACAGUUGAUGGUGCUGAUGUGUGUUCUGACUCAUCUGUUUGUUAUUGUAUCCUAGAUGUAAUCUCUGAUUGAAAAUGAAAUUAAAUAUAUAAACAUUACGUACAGAAUAGUACAAAAUAAGAGAUGGAAAUGCAAUGUUUAAUCACAAUGUGAUGGGCUCCAGAUACACUGUGUACGACUGCCUUCACUAUAUUCCCUGCCCAGGGGAAUUCAUUCCCAGCAGGGAAAUAGGAGACGCAGCAACCCUUCUUGUCCUCACUGGGUAGUAUUAACAUUAUUUAAGUUAUUGAGAAUGUCAGAUUCCUGGGAUAGGGGUGUCUGUCCAUUCAUCCACAUCAUGGCACACUUACAUUUUUGUAUAUAUCUGUAGAAUCACCGAUCACAUUGUGUUUAAACAUGUCAUUGCUAAUUGUUUUUCUAUAGUAUUCUGUACAUACUAUUGAUAUGUCAUGAUCUAAAUUUCUAUUUAAAUAAAAAUGGCUGGUGGCGCUUAGAAAAAGCAGGGUCCUGAUUUCCUUUCACUGUCGUACUAAAUACCAUUUUAACAGCACAGACUUGAACAGAAAUCACAGUGAAGGUCACAGAGGACUGGACUCAUACCUUUAAGCUUUAGUGUGCUGUUUAGUUAUUGCUGUAAGCUUCCUAAUGAGAGAGAAAACACAGUAAAAACCUUACGAGGUAAGUCAGACCUGUCAAUGGGGCUACAUUUAAGCAGUAGAAUCUGAGGAAGAGGGCUUUACUGUGUGGUAAGGCUCACCUUGUGCUGUUAAAAGCCCCGAGCUGAAGGCGACAGCGACUAACAGAACGAGAAGGGACUUACCAGACAAUAAUGCCAUCUUAUGUGGGUUCUAUUGCUAUUAGAAAAUAGUUUAUGCAGCACUAGUUUUUGUUGCUAAUAAAUAAACGUUUUUUUCUCAAUAUUCCAUGAAUAAUGUGGUUUGCUCAGAAUUGCAGGGUCUGGUAGCCUUCAUGCUUCAUCAUCCCAUGAAACCUGAAUAAACUUACAUACCCUACUGAA